AUGACGAGUCUUUCGACCCAAAUCGUGAUCGAUGAUGACUUGAUGGAGUACGAGCUGAACCCCAAGAUGCUCACUUCUCUGGAACCCCGGGCACAUCAGGCAAAGCGGCCCCACUUCAUGAUCCAUGAUUCUUCCCGUCCAGCACCAUCAACGCUUGUGAUUGGCUCUUUCCGAUCAGCAGCGCAGCCUGUUACUGAAGAGGAUUCCCUCCGAGCUCCCGAGUCGCCAAAUCGCAGUACAGCACGUCGUCUUCUGAAGACUUUGGACUCUGUCGCUGGUGUUGCAAGCUCUGAUCUUCCAAAGUCUCUGGAAGCCUCUCCUGCUUGGAAGCAUGGGGCUUCUGGUCAUGAUGACUUUGGCCAGCCGAUUCUUGACUUUCCAGCAAAGGAGGAUGAGUCCCAGGCCGAGCAGAUUGAUUCCCUGCUUGAUAGCAUCUUUGUCUUUGGUCAUCCUGAACCCAGUGGCACCACUGGUGAAGGGAGUGCUGCCUUUGUGGGCUCCAUGCCGCAUGAUUUCCUUGCUGGCUCUGAAGGCUCUGUGGACAAGUCCGCACCCCUUGCUCAUGGUGGUGGGAUCCCUGCUGAGGUCUCUACUGGCUCUCUGGUGGCCUGUGAGAUUGCUGUGAGCUCUGUGGGCAACCAUGAGAUGCCUGAUGGCUCUGUGGGCAACACCACAUUGCUCCGCGACCAUGAGAUCCCUGCUACCUCUGUAGGCAAUGGGACAGAUCAGAUCCAUGUGGAUGAGGAUGCAGCUGAAGAUUUUUCGCUGACCCCAGCUGAGAUUGCUACGGAUGAGAGUGGUGCUGAUGGUGUUCCACCAGCAGAUCCUAUCCCCAUGACACAGGAGGAGAUCUCGCGUGAGAAACAUCGCAAGUCUAGCCGUGCUUGGCAUGAGAAAUGGGUGUCGAAAGGUGUUCCACGUGUGGCGCCGGCUGUGGCUCCGGCUGUGGCACCGGCUUCCACACCGGUUGCAGCCCCAGCAGUUGGCCCAGAUGCUCCUGGCGAAGCAUCUCCGCCUUCGACUCCGGCAUCCUCACUUGCGAGAGCCCGUGAAGCUUCCAUCUCUGAGUGGAUUCGGAACAGUGAGUUACCCCAGUCCCAAGAACGUUUUAGGGCUGCCUGCAGGGCUUGGAUGGAAUCGUCCACUCGUGCCAAUAUCCUAGCUACGCGUGCUGGUGUUCAGGCAUGA